AUGCACACCUGCCCGUCAAAGCCCAGAACCCCAACAAGCCGCACCACCGCCAUGGCCGGCGGCGAGCAGGAGCAGCUCCUUGUCCAUGAGUCCUCUGCCCCCGUCAUCUCUAGCUCUAGCAGCGUCCAUCCUUCAUGUCCCACCGUUCGAUUGGCACACUUCCUCCACCCCCGUGCGGGCGGCGCACAUCGCCCCGCCCUACCCUCUCCACCCCGUAACACCGGCCCUCUUCUCGCCGACGGGCUCCAGGUCGAAUUCAAGGGCUGGGCGGAAUCCCCAAUCCUGUGGAGGCGGUGGGUGGACAAGCUCCGUCCGCUCUACGAGCGCCGGUGGCGGACGGUUGGGAUCCUGGAUGCCAUCCUCGCCACCACCUACCGGGUGCGGCGCGACCAUGGCGCCAUGCUCCAGCUCGCCUCGAUCUGGUCCGCCGGGACAAACACGUUUCUGUUCCCGUGGGGCGAGGCGACGGUGACGCUGGAGGACGUCGCCGUGCUCGGUGGGCUGCCCUUGCUCGGCCGGGCUGUGCGCGCGCCGCUGGAGCACGCGCCUCGCGGGGACGUGGAGGCGCUCCAGGCCGUCCGUUCCGCGCUCUACCGGAGCAAGAGCCGGAAACCUGACCACCCCGCCUGGGCGAUGCGCUUCCUGGAGCCUCCGUCGGGGGAGGGCUCCGCCGCCCGCGACGGUGAAGCGGCCAGGUUGCUCGAGCACGGGGCAUUCCUCGCCAUGUGGCUGUCGCUCUUCGUGCUGCCGGCGCCGCCGUUCGACGUGAUCCGGGCGGACGUGCUCCCCGUCGCUGCCAUGCUGGCGCGCGGCGAGUGCGUGGCGCUAGCGCCCGCUGCUCUCGCCAGCAUCUACAGCGACCUCUCCGCGCUGAACCGCUACAUGAAUUUGGCCAAGAGAUACCAGCCGUUCGUGGCGUGGGCGCCGCUACACAUCCUCCAGCUCUGGGUCUGGGCUAGGUUCCCCGAGCUUCGCCCUGAGAUGGCGAUCACUGCUCCUAGCCAGCCUUGGGCUGCCCGGUGGCAUGAAGUUAACAAGGAGAUUGACCUUGACCCCAUGUAUCUUCACGCAGUGUUCAUGUCGCCAAGGGAGUUUGAGUGGAGGCCGUAUGGAAGUAGCAGCUUUGCUCCGCCUCCGGAGAAGGCCUGCUCUUGGGUUUAUGGCCGGGACAUAGCAAGAAGUAAACAGCUGCAAUCCUUUGCACAGUGUCUGCGUGCUUGCGAGCUUGUAGGCAUGCGCUGCAUUGAGCAGUACAAUCCUCAUCGUGUUGCAAGGCAGCUUGGCUUCGAUCAGGACGUGCCUGCAUCUGUUGCCCGUGUUAACUCAAAUUGGGAGAUUGCUUGGGGAACGUACAUGAUGGAGCCUAGAAAAUUUGCAUUCAUCGUUCCACAGUACAUGCUGGGUGUGACGAUUGAGUACGCACAAUGGUGGGAGCCUUACUCGUCGGCAUGUGCUACUGCUGUUGCUAAUUCUGCAAAGUUGAAAGAGUUCCGUUCUUUGGUUAUUCCAAGGGGAGAAAAUACAAAAGUUCUUCAUGAUGAUAAUGCUAGUAAAAAAGGACCUCCCAGCCUUAUCAUUAAACAGAAUAGCAGCACAGAACAUGGUGAAGUAGCCCACCAUCACAUUGUCAAGGGAGCAGUAAGCACAACCAGCAGCAAAGCCACUAGAUCUGCAGCCGUAGCCCAUGAGCAGUCAAGUCUUGAAGACAUUAUGGUGAUCAGUGAUGACGAGUCUGAUGAAUUAGUGGUCAAGGAACAUGAAUUGGGAGCACUAAGCACAACUAGCAGCAAAGCCAGUGGGUCUGCAGCCCCUCUGCAGUCAAAUCUUGAAGACAUUGUGGUGAUCAGUGAUGGCGAGUCUGAUGAAUUAGUGGGCGAGGAACAUGAGGUGGGUGCAACACCAAUUGAAGGUAAUGAAAAAGAAAAUAAAGAUGCAUCAGCCUCAAAUAAACAAUCAUCGCCCCUUUUGGAACAUUGUGCAGUAGUUAAUAGAAAUUCUGCAGGAAACAGUAAGAUGUCUUCUGGGAAUCUCGUCGAUGCAAAUCCUGAACUUCCCAGGAGAGUAGUUUCAACAAAUACACUUUCCUACCUCAAACCAUUUGGGUGGGUGAAAGACGCGAAGGACGGAGAUGCAGCUGGAACGAAUAGGAACAAAGGAGCUUACCUGCCAAGACGGGAAGUUGGGACGAGGGAAAUGAUUGAAGAGGCAUCUGCUGCCCGAGAAACCGAAAAUGUUGUGCUGCAAAAAACAAUCGACUCUCUGAAGAAAGAGAUUGCAGAAGAAGAGGCGCGGCUGAGGGAUAGAAACCCCUCAAAAGUUUGA